CCUGCAGAGAUGAGCAAUCCUCGAGACACAGGCAGAAAAAAGUCCCAGCAAGACAGGAAGCUGGCUGGUUCCUGAUGCGUAAACUAGACGGCACAAGCAGCACUGCUGGUCUCGGAGCCUGUUUCUGCCCUGGCAUCUGUGAGCAACUGCCGGGCUCUGGGCCAAACCUCCUUCCUUCGUCCCCAUAGCUGAUGGAUACCAAGGGGCUCCUCUCCUUGAGCCUCCUGCUAGUUCUGUCCCUGGCUGUUGAGCUGAGCUAUGCAACAGGUGGGGGCAUGAUGAACUGCCCAAAGAUUCUCUGGCAGUUGGGAAGUGAUGUGCUGCUGCCCCUGACAAGUGAACGGAUAAAUAAAAGCAUGAACAAAAGCAUUCACAUUCUUGUCACCACAGCCAAAUCACGGGAAAGCAGCGUCAAGAGGAAAAUAGUAUCUUUCGAUCCAUCUGAAAAGGGCUCUCCAAGUUACCUGGAGGAUGGCUAUCAGUUUCAUCUGGAAAACCUGAGCCUCGGGAUCUUGGGAAGCAAGAACGACAGUGAGGGAUGGUACUUUAUGAGCCUGGAGGAAAAUGUUUCAGUCCAGCACUUUUGUGUGCAGCUGAAGCUUUAUGAGCAGGUCUCCACUCCAGAAAUUAAAGUGCUAAACACAACCCAGGAGAAUGACAAUGGGACCUGCAGCUUGACAAUCGCCUGCACAGUAGAGAAGGGGGACCAUGUGACAUACACCUGGAAUGAGAAAACAGGCACCCACCUUCUGAGCCCAGCCAACAGCUCCCACCUCCUGUACCUCACCCUUGGUCCCCAGCAUGCUGACAAUAUCUACAUCUGCACUGCAAGCAACCCUGUCAGCAACCGUUCCCAGGCCUUCAGUCCAGGGCACAGGUGUGGUUUUAAGUCCCCAGGAUCAAGACAAUGGGGACUGUAUGCUGGACUGUUGCUAGGGGGCAUUGUGGGUGUCGUCAUGGUUCUCGAAGUGGUAAUACUACUGUUGAGAAGAAGAGGUAAAACAAACCAUUACCAGCCAGCAACGGAAGAAAAAGGCCUUACUAUCUAUGCCCAAGUCCAGAAAGCAGGUACUCUUCAGAAGAAACCUGACCCCCUGCCAGUUGAGGACCCCUGCACCACUAUUUACGUGGCUGCCACAGAGCCAGUCCCAGAGCCUGCCCAGGAAUCAAAUCCCAUCACAGUCUAUGCCAGUGUGACACUUCCAGAGAGCUGACACCAUGGACCCAGUGAAGUGAUAUUCCGGAGGAAAAUAGAAGUACCGAAGAUGAAACACUGCACUUGGACUCAGGCCCUGAGUUCUCUGUGACAGACACUGUGCACAUCUGUAUGCUUUGCAGAUCAACUGCCUAGUGACAUAUCUUCACACAUGCCUGUGAAAUGGACAAGGAAGUGAGGCUUCCCAGGUGUUUAGCCUGCUCUGCAGCCAGCACAGACUCAGAAUGGAGAGCUACUUGAUACAGUUUUCCAGCUUUGUGGUGUAGCAGACAAAAUGGAUAACAUGAGUCCAGACUUCUCACUCUUCACUGGGAUGGAUACUAAAAUCCAAAAACAGAAAACCAGGACAUCUAGUGCCUAUUGCAGACAGCUGACGACCAGCCCCAACAUCUGGAAAAGUUUACACUUUGGCUGUCCUGGGAACUGAUCCAGAUCACCCACCAACCUGAUCAAGGGUCUAUACCUCUGUUUCUCUCUCUGAAUGAAGAGUGAAUUCUUUUUUAUAUAUAAAACACUCUGAGACUGUUCUAUAAAAGAAACUAAGAGGAUUGAUAUUUUAUUUGUAAAAUCCAGAAGCUAAAAAGUCAAUAAACUGAAAGAGUGACUUUAAGGUCUGUGAGCUUUGAACAGUAGAAUGGAAACCAUCUAAGGUUUUCAAAAGUAUAGUUUUGCACAAACAACAUUUUUUUUUCCAAAGUGUCAAGUGUUUAGUGAUUCCAUUACAAAGUCAUUUGAGAUACUCAGAGGAACUGAUCUCAAGGAGAUAUUUCACUUCCUAAAAUGAUUUUUUUUUCCUACUAGGGAUGGAAACAGGAGCAAUUUACCACUGAGCUAACUGAGCUUCAUCCCCACCCCUUUUUUAUGUUUUAU